AUGGCGGCCUCCACGGCGAGUACACGUGUUAACCAUUUUGCAGGGCUAACACGUAAACAUGGUCUGAAAUGCGAAUCAAUUGAUGGGAUACCAAUUGAAGCAUACGUUAAAAAUAUUUCUGCUAUUCUCAAACCUGUAAAUAUUAUUGCCGCUUCCCGAGUGAGCGGAAGUGUUAUUGUUUUUCUCGACUCUGUGAACGCUGUGGAAACUGUUUGUACAACUGGUCUGUCAGUGGGAGACUGCUUUACCCAUGUGCAACCCCUUGUAAACCUGCCACUAAAGUGUCUAAAAAAGGGACAUAUUAUGAGAAACUGCCCAGUAAGUCAACAGCAAACUUCAAACGACCCAGUUCGCGAUCAUUCUCUUCCAAAUAGUAAAACCCGCCCCGACCCUGAACCAAGACCUAUUGAUCAGUCUACUAUUGCUACUCUUGAUAAAACUGAUGAAGCAAACGACAUUAAUGAAAAUGGUGAUAAUGAUAACAAUAGUCAAACGAUGGAAGUUGACGACACGCCCGAAAAUGUAGAGUAUAACAAAAGUCACGGAAACAAUACAAUAAAUGAUAAAAGUGACGAUAACGUAAUAGGUGUCAAUGUGUUAAAUAGCAAUGAUGAUGAUAGUAAAGCGCGUGACAAAAACAAUGUGACUAACAAUGACUUGAAUGAUAAAGGUGACGAUAACGUAAUAGGUGUCAAUGUGUUAAAUAACAAUGAUGAUGAUAGCAAAGCGCGUGACAAAAACGAUGUGACUGACUAUGAUUUAAAUGAUAAUAACGAAAUAAAUGAAAAUGAAAACACACACGACACUAGAGUGAGUAAAUCUGUUGUAAAUAGCUCAAUGUUAACUGGUGCGAAACACUAA